AUGCGGGCAUCGAUCCCACUACCUCUCGCUUUGCGCAUGCAUCCUGAUGGUAGAGCCAAAGCUCCUGUUGUUGGGCCUGAUGGCGUCCCGGGCUGGGAUAAGGUCCAGGAAUUGGCUGAUUACCUGGUGUCCCUCCGUGAGGUGCUCUACCUGGAUGAGCAGCAGGUCACAGAGGUCGUCCGCCUGUGGACUGCUCUUCCUGACAGGGACAAGCGAAGAAUCGUCUAUCAGCCCAGACAUCAGCCCAAGCUGGUCCACGGACGCUUCAAGGCUCCAAAGAACACAGGAGUGACUCCGGGGGUGGAGAGUGUGAAGAGGUGCCUGAUUGGUCAUCCAGGGGGGCCGGCUCAGUGGCCCAGCACCAGCCGCUUAGUUGAGGCCAUGUGCAUUAAGCUGUGUGCACUGCACAAGUCCCCAACUAAGAAGGGCGGAGUCCGCCUUCCUCGGUGGACGAAAGUCCUGAACGACUACCACCACAUCCGAGACCUGUUGCUGAACUGCCAUCCCCUGAUGGAGGCCACAUCUCUGCAGCUCUUCACCCUCAACCAGAGGACGCUAACUCAGUGGUUUAAUCGGCGGGAGAACACUGGAGUUAGAUGUCCUUACCCAAGGCCUUGCUGGUGAGGACCGCAUCGCUGUGGCUGGGUCUCAGCUGCCUGCUCCGAGG